UAGUUAUUUUGUAACCCCACUAAAUAGUUAGGAAAGAGUCUAACAUUUUAAAAGAUUAUCCAUAACCGUUUUCAAUUAGUUUCUUGCUUCACGUUGGCAGUCUGCAAGUAGUUAUGCCAUUUUAUUUCUUAAAAAUUGGGGUGUCUAAACACCCACAACAUGCGUGGAAUGGCUUGUUUAUUCUCAGUUCUGAUGUGCAAAAUACAUUGUUAAACUGAAGGUUAUGCUAGGUCUUGAUAUGGUCUUGAUCAGAUAGGGCUGGCACAGUAUCCGCUAUUUGCAAUAAGUGUACUAGCAGAGGUAUAGACAAAAAUAUGGUGGUCAAUAGAAAAUGUUUCGUUUGCGUUUUAUUAAUGAUAAAUCUUACAAGAAUUCUGUCGACGUCUGAAGAGGAUGAGGAUGUAAAAUACGCAAAUAGAUGUGAAGUGUGUAAAGUAGUUGCAACAGAACUCGAGCAACGGCUUCAAGAAACUGGUAAAACUCAUGAAGUAAUUGAAACAGGAUAUUCUUUAGAUGAUGUAAAACCAAAGAAAAAGAAACCAUACCAAAAAUCUGAACUUCGCCUUGUUGAAUCAUUGGAAGGAAUUUGCGAUCGAAUUUUAGAAUAUAAUAUUCAUAAAGAAAGAACAGACAGUACAAGAUUUGCCAAGGGCAUGAGUCAGACAUUUAGAACAUUGCAUGGUCUUGUUGAUAAAGGUGUAAAAGUUGAAUUGGGAAUUCCUUAUGAACUUUGGGAUAAACCAAGUGUAGAAAUUACAAAUAUGAAGAUGCAGUGUGAAGCACUGUUGGAAAACAGUGAAUCUGAUAUAGAAGAUUGGUACUGGAAUUUUCAAAAUAUUAAGUCACUUCAAGACUUCCUGUGCAAAGACAUUUAUUUAAAAAACCAUGAUUCAUCCUGUCUAAAUGAAAAAUUAAAAGGUGAUAGUGGUAAUAUUGCUGGCAAAACCAAAACAAAAACUAAGAGUGAAUUGUAACAUGAUGUAUGUAUAUACAAGUUUUUAUUAUUUUUUUUACUUAAUAUUUAUCUAUAAGCAGCAGACAUUAUGUAAGAUAGUUUUUUUAUGAAACAUUUACAUUAGAAUAAUUUAUAUCAAGUAAAUGCUACAAAUAACUAAGAAAUUCUACUUUUCGGUU